CAGCUGGAAAUGAAGAGGAGAGGUCAUGUCUUGUUGUAACUUUUGUCAGCAGACAAGUUGAUACUGAAAAGAUUGCAAAAAUAACAAAAUCAUUUAAUCCAAAAGCAGUCAUUCAUCCAUAUGAAAAAGAAAAUAUGGCCCUUAUUGUCUUUGAAAAUGCAACUGAUGCUGCAAAAGUGAUAGAACAAUACAAGAAAAAUCCAGAAGUAGAAAUUAUGCUAGAUUUUCUACCCAAUCAGGCAGUGGUUUGCAUUCAUGCUCAGAUAUCCAGUAUGUUUUUAGAAAAGUUCAAAGAUAAAAUUGGCUUACAGAAGGGUAUAGAAACUUCAAGUGGGGUGAGAGUAAAGGAAAUACCUGGAAGGAAAUGGUUGCUAACUGGAAGCUUACCACAGAUUCAUUUGGCUCACAAGUAUCUGCGUAAUGAGCUGACAAAAAUAAAAUCUGCAACUGAACAUUCAAUCCAGUCACAAGGAACUGGAAAAACACCUCCUCAAAGUACAACAGCACAAACUGUUGAUCAUGCUAAUACUUUAGACAUCUCAAAAUCAAGAAGAAGCCAGAGAUCUUUCAAUGCUGAGAGCCCCUCUACUGGUGGAAGUGCAUUCCCUAGUCAAAAAUCAAAUGUGAAUCAAUUGGUUAUCCAAAUGGAAGAGAUUCAAUACGAAAUCUUGUUGUUCUUCCAUUCUUAUUGGUCAGGGAAAGAGUUAUGCAGGCAGUUUACCUACGAAAAUGGCAACUUGAAAUUGACUGGAAACAAGGAAAAUAUUGAAAAACUUGAGUCUGAAUUAACUGCAUUGCUUGCAGAAAUAAAUAGAGACCAGUUGAAGUCACAAGAUCUUGUAUUCAAAGAUUUACUAAAAAAUGUUAAAAAACGCGAACAGCUCGAAGUUUUUGUGAAAUAUUUUGAAAACUUAGAUAGCUGCUGGUUAGAAUUUGCUGGGUUUUCAAACGAAAAAAUUAAUGAACUAAAAGAUAAUCUUGUGAGAGAAAUAGAAAAAGAGAAAAAAGCAAUUGAAUCUAGGAAACUUCCUGUAGCAGAAGGUGGAACAUCAGUUAAUGAAGAACCAAAUAAUGUCCAAAGGUUUUACACUAAUGAAAACUUGGAAAUUAAAGUAUAUAAAGGAAGUAUUACCAAUCUCAAUGUUGAAUGCAUUGUCAGUUCAAAUACUCGAAAAUUGGAAAAUUUUAUGGGUGUUGCCAAAGCAAUUGCAAAUGCAGCUGGUCCAGGAUUCACAGAAGAGUGUAAAGCCCUUGUUAAAGCAAAGGGCGAAAUAGAAAAAGGAUUUUGUUGUACAACAGGUCCAGGAAAACUUCCUUACAGAUAUGUCAUCCAUGUGGUUGGACCAAUUUGGACUGCCAAGUCAAAUUCUGAUGUAGGAUCUAUUUUGAAACAAUCCAUACUGUCAAUUCUGAAAGAAGCUACACGAUUAGGUGUUAGGUCUGUUGCCCUACCAGCUAUUAGUGCAGGUCAAAAUCAUGCAAACAAGAAAUUGUGUACAAGGAUAUAUGCUGAAGCUGUUUGCUUAUUCAGUUCAGAACAGCCCCAGCUGAAAUAUUCUACCUUAAAGGAAAUUCAUUUCAUUGACAGGGAGAAUGGAAUGGUUGAAUUAAUAGGAAAAGGUUUUAAAGAGCACUUUGAAAGUAAUGCAUUUCAAACAAAGGUACAAGUUCAACGUUCAUCUAUUGGGAAGCCUCCAGUGAUGAGUACAGUAUUCAAACCUUAUUGUCAAAUUAGGAUGAUGAAGGGUGGUCAAGCUGAGGAAUACAACUUGACUGAAUUUUUCAAAGUAAUAACAUGGCUCGGAGAUAUUCUUGAAUUUCCUCAUGACUAUGCAGUAUGUUGUGGACAAGACUCUGAUUUUAAGAGCAGUAGUAACAUUGCUAAACAGUUUAAAUCUCAACAAGAUGUUAAAAAGCAGAUUUCUGACAUUAAGAAGAAUCAAGGACCCUUUCGAACAGGAGAUGUUUUCCAGGUGAAGAGUAAAGAUUGCAUGAUUUAUUAUGUUAUCAUCAAAUCAUUUACAGAAAGAACAAGAAAUAUGGAAGAAUUUCUAUCAGAUGUAACUUUCUGUGUGAAAAAAACACUGUGCAAGGCAGAGGAAUCGCAAGAGAAGGCUAUUGCUGUGCCUCUACUAGGGACUGGAAAUAAAGGAGCUCAAAAAAGCAGAGCAACAAAGGCUUGGAUUGAAGGUGUUUUGCAUUUCCUCAGAGAAACCUUUAGCAAGUCCAGUCACCAUCUUCGUGAAGUUUAUUUUGUCAGCAGCAGUCAAGAAGAUGUGGCUACAAUGGCAUCUCUGUUCAAACAACGAAUUGACUCAUGUAAAAGUGUGCAAAGUGUUGUGUUCGAUAGUUUUGUGUAAAUACAUGUACUUUUAAA